AUGCUCUUUGUGGAACUUCAGAAGUUGCACUUACCUGAGGUCACUUCUUUCCACCAUGGGGAGGGAGAGGUGGUUUUUGUUGGGGAAGUGGGAGAAGCAGUUGUAGCUGGAGAGGUUGUUUUGGUGGGAGUAGCAGUUGGAGAGGGUGACUCGUGUACAGUGGGGAGAGUGAUUGCAGCAGCUAUGGUAGGAGCCGCAGUUGUGAAUGGGAUGCCAGUUUUGGAGGGUGCAGUGACCACAAUGGACUGA